CAGCGCUGGGGGGGCGCCGUCCUCCGCCGUGCUCGGCGCGCUGCUGGCGCUGCUGGCGGCCCUGGCGUUCGGGCUCCUCGUGCUGCUGGCGUGCCCCCUGCAGCGGGGUCUGGCGCGGCCCAGCCCCCAGCGCGGCAGGGGCGACCCGCGCAAGCGGCGAGAGGGCGAGUGCUCGGAGGUGGAGGAGCCCGAGUACGCCGGGCUGCCGUCGAGCCUGGCCCAGUCGGCGUCGACGCUGCACGACGCGGCGGGGGGCAGCGACCGCGAG